AACCGGCUCAACUUAAAGCUCUGAACUUAGGCUUGGCUUUCGCCCAGGAUACUAUCCUUAACGGCCCAAAUUAAAGCUCCUGACGCGGGCUUAGAUCUGGCACAAAACUUGUAUCGGAUGUUUUUGUUUUUCGAGUCCCCCAAAAUUUGAACAGCACACAAUCCCCACUUUCCCUCCCGGUUCUCCAAAUGUGAAGCAGUGACAAGAAACGCUCACCAAGUGCUCGACGAAAUGCCAAGACGGAUAAACUCCAUAAAACUGACUACUAGCUCCACCACACAGCACAAGCUAACCACUCCUCUCCGCCGAUCACAGAGACUUCUCGACCAAAAUCCCCAAGGUCUUCAUACUGAAAGCCGAAAACCCACAAAAAGUUACACGCGAAAAGACUCAGAAAGAAAAUCUGAUGAAAAGUCCUCAAUUCAUGGGAUUCCGGUUCUUAAGUAUAGAAGAUCUCCUAGAUUGAGUAAUAGGGUAGAGAAGAAUUCGAGUAUUCGGCGAUCUACGAGGCUUUCUUUGCUUCAAAACAGUUAUCCACUUGUCAAGAAGAGUGAUAAUGAGCCAAAGAAAAUUCAAGAUUCUUCUUUUAAUAAGUUGAGUGAUAGGGUAGAGGAGAAUUCAAGUAUUCGUCGAUCUUUGAGACUUUCUUUGCUUGAAAAUAGAAAUGAAGUUGUCAAGAAGAGUAACAAUAAGUUGAAGAAAGUUCAAAAUUCUUCUUUGAAUAAAUUCACUGAUGAUGGGUCUAAAAAGAGACCUAAUAGUCGGGGUUUGUUAAAUAAAACAGAUAGACAAGUGAGUGUGGAUUCAUGCAAUAAGAUUGCACAGAGAAGUGAAAGGAAGAAUUUUCCAGUGGUGAUUGGGAUUAAAGCAGUCAAAAGGAGAGAUCUUUGUGAAAAAAAACAAGAAAUUAGGGUUACUAAGAAGAGGAAAAGGGGAGAGGACUGUGGUAGUAAUGCAAGUGUUGAAGGUUGGACAAAAGAACAAGAAAUGGCAUUGCAUAGAGCUUAUUUAGUUGCCAAGCCUACUCCUAAUUUCUGGAAGCAGGUUUCUAAGCUGGUGCCUGGAAAAUCUGCACAGGAUUGCUUUGACCGAGUCCACUACGACCAUAUAACCCCACCUCAACCAUUGCCUCGAUCGAGAGUAAAGAGACCAAACUCAUCACCUCUUGGAUAUUUUUCCCUCUCUGCUGGCAAAUUGCUUAGCCCCUCUGGGCUGAAGGUUAAGAGGUUAACCGGUAAUAAACAGAAGAGUCAUAUUGCACAAAAAACUGUCAGACAGUUGCUGCAAAAGCACAACUGCGUGGAUCGAAACUGUGAAGCUGACCUAUUUUCCAUCCUGGAGCCCAACGUGACAUUUAAACCAGAUUCUGAGCUUAAUGAUAUUGUUUCUACCCCGAAACAGUUACAAGAAAAACAGGGAUUCGUUCAGAAGUGCCAUGAGUGGUCUUCAUCUGGCCAAAAAAAGCCCCUUUCUAGGUUUAGAAGUCUAUGUAGGAUGGAUCUUGUUAGCCCUCCAGUACUGAAGCAGGUUAAAAACAUGGCGUUGCAUGAGAAAUAUAUUGACCAGUUGCAUUGCAGGGAAGAAAAAAGAAAGAAAGCAUGUGCACGAGCAGCAAAGGAGAAUGGGCAGAUUAACAUUCAGAAGAUAGAUGUGGUUAGAUCUGCAAAAAAUGCCUUGGUUUCUGAAGCAAGAGAUGCUAUUAAUAAGCUCCAACAUCUGCAAACCAAUGCCAAUGAUGACUCUUCUGACAUUAGUGAUGAUGGUUAUGUUAAUAUCGAUGGUGACGUAUAUGAUCAACUUUGACAAAUUCUUCUAACAGUGAUGAAAUGUAACAAACGUUUCUGAGAUUAGCAUUUUAGCACAACUGAUAGAAGCGGCCUUGUAUAACUCUUAAUGUUUCUGAAUGAUCUAACAUUGUAUUAUACGGCUGAGAUUGUGUGGCUUCUGAGUUGAUUUUGCUUUA